UCUCGUCUGGGUGUGGCAUCGAGCUGGAAGUUCGUGGAUGUCUUGGGUUUAGAAAAUGAAUCCCUCUCCAUGGUACCAUCGCCAGUGUGUGCUUUAAUGUUACUAUUUCCUUUAAGCCAACAGCACGAAUCGUACAGGGACCGUCAAACAUCCGAACUGAGUGGAAAGGGUAUUGACUCAAAAGUUUACUUCUUGAAGCAGACCAUUUCAAAUUCAUGUGGAACUGUUGGACUUAUCAAUGCCAUUGCUAACAAUCAAGAUAAGCUUGACUUUGUGGAAGGCUCUAUAUUGAAAAGGUUUCUGAAUGAGACCAUGGACCUUUCAGCAGCAGAGAGAGCUAAGCAACUGGAACAAAACCAGGAAAUUAAAUCAGCACACGACGCCACUGCAGAGGAGGGAGAGUGUCAGGUACAUGAAGAUGGCACAAACUUCCAUUUUAUCACUCUUGUUGGUGUAGAUGAGCACCUCUAUGAACUAGAUGGAAGAAUGCCAUUCCCUAUUGACCAUGGAGAAACAUCAAAUGAUCAACUCUUACAGGAUGCAGCAAAGAUAUGUAGACAAUUUAUGGAGCGUGAUCAAGGAGAAGUUCGCUUCACUGCUGUGGCCCUCAGCAAAGCCUCUUGAAUGUCAAGCGCACAAUCACUUCAAUGUACUGUUUUAAGCUUUCUGAAUGCUUUGCUUAACUUUAUUGGGGUACUUUUUAAUACUCUUGCACUUGUGUAGAAGUCUUAAUGGCUGGCAUUUCUGCACCUCUUUGUGUAAUAUCCUUUUAUCUUUGGAGUGUAGACCAGUGUUUGCUUUAGAAUAUAAAUAUUGGAUUGUAAUGUUUCAUGCCUAAUAUGCAGUGUAAUAGUUGGUCAGUCAUUUAAGUGGCAAAGCAUUCUGCACCUUUCUGACUAAAGUUGAAGGUUGCUGCAGGGAUUUGUAGGAAGCUUGUUCAGUUCCACAUUGUGCCUCUUUUACAGCUAUCCCUGACAACACUGGCUGUAACCUGAAAUUAAAAAAAAU